AUGAACGCGUCCACAUUUUACGGCCUUCGCAAAGCUCAGGAGAAGACCACGGCCUGUGAUAUUCCAUCACGCAGUGAAGACUCGGAUCUAUCUGACUCAGAUGAUGACUACCCACCCGGAGAAAUGGAGAAGUUCGUGGGAUCUCUACUCUGGAUGUCCCUGAUUCGUCUGCCGAGUUCCCGGAUGUACUGGAACCCGAAAUUCUACAGGGUUAACAGCACUGUCUCGAAACGUGGCGAGAUCAAAGGGAACGCCACGCUCUUCAGCCCAAAAGCCAAGCAGGCUUGUGGUGCCAAGUACGGGAACCUCGACGACACUCUUCUCACCUGGUUCAAACAAGCUUGUGCUGCCGGUAUUAACUUCGAUGGCAGCAUUUUACACGAGAAGGCAAUGGAGAUAGCCAACAGACUGGGCAUCACCGACUUUACGGUGUCAAAUGGCUGGAUCGACCACUUCCGGAAGAGACACGGCAUCGCUUACAAGACGGUAAGUGGAGAAGCAGCAAGUGUGAACAUGGAAACAGCCAACGAUUGGAAGUCCACACUAUCUACUGUAAUUGAGGGGUACAAGCCUUGUGACAUUUAUAACGCCGAUGAAAUGGGCCUCUUCUUUCGGGUGCAGCCAUCGAAAUCAUCAAGCCUGAAGGGUGAAGCAUGCCACGGAGGCAAAUGCAGCAAUGACCGACUGACGGUGCUCCUUUACUACAACGUGGACAAACUGAAGCCGUGGGUGAUCGGCAAGUAUCGGAACCCACGGUACUUCAAGAACACCCGCCUACUGCCAUGCCACUACAGCAGCAACUGUCGUGCAUGGAUGACCUGUGCUUUGUUUGAAGAGUUUCUUCGAUACUUCUAUAACAAGACGGGUUCUCAGUGCAGGAGUGUUCUCCUUUUCCUGGACAAUUGUGAUGCUCACCAGAGAGAUCUGCCGUUUCUACAGAACGUCAAGAUUGUGUUUUUCCCUCCGAACACUCCAAGCCACUUGCAGCCGUAG